GAAGUACGCUGAGCAGUCAGACUGCGAUGAUGAUGAUGAUGAUGAUGGAGCUCUGUCUGGACGACGGCGCUCUCUUUGGUGCUGUCUGACACCUCCAGGGACAUCAUGCACCUCGUCGUCGCCUGGCUCGAGAUGUGACCUCGUACUCGAGUCAGACAUGACUCGGUUCCUGGCUGUGAGCUGAGCCCUCCUCCGUCCUGCCCCCCCGAGCUCCAGAGCAUCAGCAGCAGCAGCAGGCGGCUAAGCGAGCUCAGCUGAUCAGCUGCAGCAGCACUCAGAGCCCGGAGAGAAGAUGAGGAAGAGGCCUUAGAUGUCAGAUCAGCGCCGGUGUGUUCAGUCAUCAGAUACAGACAUGUCGUCUCAGCUCCAGGUGUUCUCCUCUCCCUCCGUGUCCUCCAGUGCCUACUCUCGCUCAAAGAGGCUCAAAGUAGAGAACCCUGCCUGGGAGGCAUCAAACCAGCUGGGAGAUAAUGGUUACUACCAGCAGAGCCCCUCCCAGGCAGCUGCACCCUCCACUUCUGACUCCAACUUCAACACGGUGUACAACUCCAAUCAGGUGCCCCCACCCACAGCCAGCUCCAGGGAGCAGACGGUGGUGCGGGCAGCAGACAGCACAGGCAGCCUUCGUGGACCCCCCUCCUCCUCUUCCUCAUCCUCCUCCUCCAGCCGGCGCGUGAAGGAUGCAGAGUCCUCCUCUCAGCCGUGUAACCUUUACCACAAACAGUACAGCCUGAAGAGGAAGAGCGAGGAGGUGGACAGCAGCGACAGCGUCCAGAUCCUGGAGGAGCUCUCGGCGCCUGUCGUCUCAAACCGCACAGCCGGCGGGGGAGGAACCACAACGGCUCAGUCUAUAGCACACUCAACUUCAACCACAAAGAGCAGCAACUCACACAGCGAGGGCGACUAUCAGCUGGUGCAGCAUGAGAUCCUGUGCUCCAUGUCCAACAGCUAUGAGGUGCUGGAGUUCCUGGGGCGGGGAACCUUCGGACAGGUUGCGAAAUGCUGGAAGAGAGGCACAAACGAGAUAGUGGCGAUUAAAAUCCUGAAGAAUCAUCCUUCUUAUGCUCGGCAGGGUCAAAUCGAGGUGAGCAUCCUCAGCCGGCUGAGCACAGAGAACGCCGACGAGUUCAACUUUGUGCGCUCCUACGAGUGUUUCCAGCACAAGAACCACACGUGCCUUGUGUUUGAGAUGCUGGAGCAGAACCUCUACGACUUCCUGAAGCACAGCAAGUUCAGCCCUCUGAUGCUCAAGUGCAUACGGCCCAUCCUUCAGCAGGUCGCCACGGCGCUCAUGAAGCUGAAGAGCCUCGGUCUGAUCCACGCGGACCUGAAACCGGAGAACAUCAUGUUAGUGGAUCCUCUGAGGCAGCCGUACAGGGUGAAAGUGAUCGACUUCGGCUCUGCUAGCCACGUGUCGAAAGCUGUUUGUUCUACCUACCUGCAGUCCCGCUACUACAGAGCUCCAGAAAUCAUCCUGGGCCUUCCUUUCUGUGAAGCCAUCGACAUGUGGUCUCUGGGAUGUGUUAUUGCUGAGCUGUUCCUGGGAUGGCCUCUUUAUCCUGGUGCCUCUGAGUAUGAUCAGAUCCGUUACAUUUCCCAGACUCAGGGCCUUCCAGCAGAGUAUCUUCUGAGUGCAGGAACAAAGACCAGCCGCUUCUUCAACAGAGGCCCCGACUCCAGUUACCCGCUCUGGAGACUCAAAACGCCUGCAGAGCAUGAGGCAGAGAUGGGCAUCAAGUCAAAGGAGGCGAGAAAAUACAUCUUCAACUGUCUGGAUGAUAUGAUGCAGGUGAACAUGACAAACCUGGAGGGCACCGACAUCCUGGCCGAGAAGGCUGACAGACGUGAGUUCAUCGACCUGCUGAAGAAGAUGCUGACGCUGGACGCAGACAAACGUAUCACACCCAUGAAGACGCUGAACCACCCGUUUGUGACCAUGACACACCUGCUCCACUUCCCUCACAGCUCACACGUUAAGUCCUGCUUCCAGAAUAUGGACAUCUGUAAACGCAGAUGCAGCGCCUUUGAGAAUGGAAAGAAUAUGUUUGCCAGUAACAACACCCCGAGUGCAGCCACCAACCUCACGGUCACGUUCAGCAGCCAGCUCAACCAGCACAAUCAGAUGGCGUCCACAGGAGGCCAGUCUCUGUCCCUGAGCAGUAACGUCCCACUCCUGAACUACCAGCCUGGUCUCUACCAACAGGCCACCAUAAACAUCCCGGGCUUGACCCAGCAGGGGGUCCCUCUGCAGACCAGACCCACACAGCUCUGCACCCAGACUGAGCCCUUCCAGCAAACACUCAUCGUUUGCCCGCCCACCAUCCAGGGUCUUCAAACAUCCAGUAAGCCAUCUGGUUAUCCAGUCAGGAUGGACAACCCAGUCCCGUUGGUUCCUCAGAACCAGUCGUCCCAGUCUCUUCACAUCCAGCCCAGCAUGCUGACUCAGGCCUCCCUGGACCCCCUGCUGGUGAGCGGACUGUACGCCUCAGUGGCAGGAGCGCCACCUUUAGAUCCGCUGCGGCUGCCAGUCGGCUGCAGGGGGGAAAGUCUAGGCGGUUUACUGGAUCAGAAUAUUUCCAUGCUGCAGGGCUGGCCUGCAGGCACACAGCAGAUCCUCAUCCCCUCCACGUGGCAGCAGAUGCCCGGCAUGGCCAUUCAUAACCCGGGGCAGGCCGUGGUACCGGAAUCACCCAUGGGUGCUCCCAUCCCUGACAGCCAACAAGCCUCAGGCUGGAGGGGUCGUCAUGGAAACCAGUACGACGCAGCCAGCCAGCAGGACUCUGGGGUCGGCCGUCACGCCGCCUCACAGAGCCACAACUCAGGAGCGGCUCACACGAGAUCCCAACUGAGCAAGAGGUCAAAGGCUCGACAUGCAGAGAGCAGAGCCAGGCCUGUGUCCUCGGUACACUCGGCCUCCACUGUUGUCCACAACACCUCGUCUUACGCUGGUGACCAAUCACAGCCCAUCGUCAUCUCUGACACGCCCAGUCCUGCUGUGAGCAUCAUCACCAUCCACAGCGACUCAGAGGACGAGGACGACAGGAAGUUCCCUGCUGCCUGCUCUGGAACAAGCCAGAGGCCAAACGUGAUCAGCUGUGUGACGGUGCACGACUCCCACGACUCGGACUCCUCCACCAGCAGCCCACUGAGCCCCAAGAGCAGCUCACAGACCAACAAGUCUAUGGCCAUCGUUACGCCCUCUGUGAAGAGCCAGCCAGGGGAGAGCACAACACACAAAGCCCCGGCUGCUCCAGAUCAACCUACAAGUGGCUCUGGAAAGUCCAAGAAGACCUCAACUCAGCAGUCCACUCGUUCAGGAGAUUCCACCACCGAUCGCCAUCAACGGGCUGCAUCCAGCAGGUCUCAGCCUCUGAACCUGAGUCAGGUACAGCAGUCUGUGAUGUCGUCAUCACAUGACCAAACUGGAGGCAGCAAUUCCUUAAGACGUCAGCCCACAUACCCCCCUCCCGUCUCCUCCAACUCGUCCUACCGGCUUCACGAGAACCCUCUCUUCAGCUCCACCCCGAAUCUGUACGCCUACCCAGCCUCAGCCGCCCUGGCCUCCGUGUCCCAGGCUGUGGAUCAGAUGCAGGGCGGAUCGUCCCGUCACAGCCGGGCGGGGGGGGCUUACUCAUCACUGGCGCUGCUGCAGAAGAACGGGAGUCUGACCCUGGGAGGGUCAGCUCCGGGACAAUACGGUAACCACCAACAGCAGCAGCAGCAGCAGCAGCUGGGAGGGCAGCCUUACCACCACUCCAGUGCUUCUUACCAGCGGAAACUCAACCAGUAUCCCUACCUGUGACAAACUGAAGACCAAAAGGAGACCGACACUAGAGAGGAGCACAAGCUCAUCACGACUGACUGUGAUCAGACCUGCUUUCCUAAACUUUUCUUUACGGUAGGGUUCUGAUUCCUCUGCUUACACAGAAUGUAUUUAUGUUUUAAUCAUGUUCACUUUCUUUAUUUUAAUGUGUUCCAAAUUUGGGGUUGGAUUAGAGCAUGUAAAAAGCAGCAAACAGUGCAGUCUGGACGUACCUGGACAGUGAUUCAGUCCUUAUCUUGUUGGUCCUGUGCUCCACGUUUUGAAAUGACAGUAAGUAUAAACGUUCAGCUACGGGUGUUUACAUCCACAGCUGAUGCAAAACACACAGGGACUGCAGCCUUUUAUAUGCACAGUUCCAAAAUUUAAAGGACCAGGCUAAAUUCUACUGCUUCCAGGCUGCAAUGUGAGGUUGACUUUUCAUGAGUUAAAGCUGGGGUUGGUAGUCAGAUUUAGAUAUAUUUUUUGUUUUACUGGUUAAAAUGAUCUUUAUGUCCUGAUGGCAAUCAAUACAUAAUGUGUUCCUAAAAAAGAGCCAAAAAAAAGCCUCUAUCUACAGCUGGAGUAAACCUGGGAAAACACCAACCAAUCACCGUCAUUAGGGUCCAAUUUAUGAAACCAAUCAAAUCCUGUCCUGCCGUUCUGCCCGCCUCCUGCGUGUUCACUCCCCGUUCCCUGCCUCUACUUCCCCUGACUCUACUUACUGCCCCUCUCGCUCGACCUCGGGCCUGUCCCCUCUGACCUGAUGAGGUGCUUUGCUCAGGACUGUAGUCCGGAUCAGAGUCUAGAAAGCUCUCACCACGGGGGCUCUGACAAGCAGAAGAAUUAAUGACAUUCAGUAAGUCCUACAGAAAAUGUAGAUGUAUUGUAGCGUCCGUCUGGACACUGUAGGGAUGACGAGCCGAUUCGUGAACACGUUGAUCUUUAAUAACCGGUCACUGUCAGCCGUGAUCACACAAACCAACAAACAAUCAAUGUUUGAAUGAAUGAAGAACUUCUCCUCUUGUCUCUCCUCUCUCCUGAUCGCACACUCUACACCUCUCCUGAUGCCUUCACUGACUGUCAACACUGUAGGAAUUAAGAACAUCUACACUGAACACGUUUAACAAACAGUAGAGCUGUUACAGUAUUAUAUAUGUGUUAUAACGUUUCUCCUGAUAUCGUGUCACCGGUACAACUGGAUAAUGCUAGCAUGACAGUUGUGAGUGCUAACAGCAGCCAUGUUUGUUUGUGUUUUUAACUUUCACUAUGAUAAUGUUUUUGUGAGGACCAGUUUUGAAUCAGUCACCAUCAUAUGUUCGCGGGGGCGUCGUUUUGGAGGAGCUCUGAGGGGAAGGGGGGGAGGGGUUAGACGGAGUCAUGAGGAAAUGCUACAUUCAAAUUCAUGCUAGUUUUCUGAGACUACCAACCCCAGCUUUAAGCCCAGGAUUAUAACUUUAUAUGACAAUGUGUUGAGGAAGAACUGGAACUUGCUGCUCUCUGUUAACAUUAUUAUAAUUAUUAAUACUAUCAAAUAAUCGAAAAGUUGCAUUUACAUUUUCACAACCGCCUUACUUAUUUUUAGAAAUAAUGUCUUUUAUUUGAACCUUUAACCUGUAAGGAUGUUGUGAUAAUUUAGAUUAUGUUGUGUGUUUUAUUUGAAUGUACCUUGUGUGUGUGUGUGUGUUUUAUCUGUACUAUGAAAAGUGGAGAAGGUAAGCUAUGUACUGUACUGUAUACUGACGUGUCACUGUGUUCUCCAGAUGUUUCCCAUGUUAAAUCUUUUUUUAUUUCCUGGAUUAUAUUUAUAUGCUCAGUAUGUUGAAGAUUAGGGUGUUGUAAUUUCAGGGGAUUAGCCUGUUUUGUUUUUUUUUUACAUUUUACAAAGCUGUUCUUUAGGUUGCAUGUGUCUGACAUGGAGUAGCAUUCUGGAAAGGUUCAUAAACUUGAGCUUCGCUGAUUUUCAGUGUCACCUGCAGAAAUAAUGUAAUCUUUAAUUUGUGCUAGGGACACAUCAAUGAUUUCUGAAAAUGAAAAAAAAAUAAGCUCUUGUCUUGUGAGGUGAUGUUUGUGAAGUAAAGCGUGCACAUCAAAUCUGAUUGGAUUUCUCACAGUCAUGUAAAGUUAGAGACAUUUAGGUUGCAAUUCACAGUAAUGUGCUUUGAUUGGUGAAUAAUUGAAUCUGACAAAGAUGAUUUAUAGAUAUAUAAAUCGAUGUUCAGUAUGUAACCGCUUCUAAAAUCAUUGGUUUGGUGAAAUAAUGGUUGUUUUUACAAUCCUGCUGUAUUGUGAAGUGCUACAUUACAAAGGACACACAAUGAACCGUGACUCUUGUUAAUGCAAUAAAAUCUUCUCUAAACAGAA